AGCUGUAAUAAACCAACAAGUACCCAAUUUUGGUAUACGAUUACUUCGGGUACUUUUGACAACUCUGAACAAGUCAGACGACAUCCUCACUUGUAAACAAUGGAAAUCUAGCUGGAGACUCAUUAUUAAAACAAACAAAUACUAAUCCUUAGAAUUAAACUAACCCAUAAAAACCUGUUUCAUCAUGCUGUGUGAGCUGACUGCCAACUGCUGUCGAAUUUGUUUGGGCAAGGCCAAGAAAUUGCGUUCGCUGUACAAACCAGUGGACGAAGAAGAUGAGCCACCGUAUGAAAUGUUGCUCAAAGUCACGGGAAUAGAGGUGGAACAGGAAGAUAAACACACAAUGUUGCCAAAGACUAUUUGUAAGAACUGUGAAAUGUCCCUGAGUAUGGCGUUUGAAUUUCGCGAAAAGGCUCUGCAGAGCCAUGAAAUUCUGAUGUCCUAUGUGGGAGAAAUCAAAAAACCUCAUCAGCAGGAUGAGGAAGUGGAGAAGAAUGAAACAUUACCUCAGACGAGUGAACCUCAAAAAGAAGUUGUAAUAAUUAAAAAUGAGGAGGCUGCGAGAACACUGGCUAGUCCCCGAAACUGCGAGGAAGAAGCCAGUACCUAUGUAGAAAAUGUUGUAAUAGAACAUAGUACAGAUGCUAGGAACUCGGGGGACAAUCUAGAGAGGCGAAAUGAAGAAGAAAUGGAAGCAAAGGAAAACAACAAAGAAGAACCUCGCACAGAAAACUUAGAAUAUGAAGAAAAUGAUUUUAAUCAAGAAGAAUUUUGUUCCAAUAGCGAAAAUGAAGGUGAUAAUGACCAUAAUUACGAUGAUGAAGAAAUGGAAAUAACAUCAAUUAUCUCAGAGCAUGAAAUCGAUGUGAUACAGCAAAGCAUUGAGGAUGAGGUGCUGCAAAAUCAAGAGCUUGGUCACAAUACGCCAAAGAAAAAACGAAAAUGUUCCAAAUUAAAAGAGAGUAAGACAACAAUUGAAAUUGUUAAGGAUAACUCCCUAUGUGAGGAAAAUGAAGUACAACCGAAACUUGCCAGAAAAGGAAAAGAGAAUGAAAGUUGUGGUGAUAGGGAAAAAGUCGAAUCAAUUGAAAUCGAUUUAAAAGUAGAUGGUGUUGAUGAAUUGCAUGUAAAGCCCUUGAAUUCACGACGUCGCGGGAAGCCCAGAGAAGAUGGUAGUCAUGCCUAUAUAUGUGAUAUUUGUGGAAAUGUUUUCUCUAAGCGGGGUCGCAUGAUGGAACAUCGUCAGCGUCAUGAUAAACGGCCAAAAUAUUCAUGCGAAUUGUGUGAUAAGAAGUUUCACAUGAGGGAAUUACUGCGUAAACACAUGUUCUCCCACAGUGGAGGUAAACCGCAUAAAUGUGAAUAUUGUUCCCGCACAUUUUACUAUGAGUCUGUGAAGAAAGCCCAUGAAGCUGUCCACCAGGGCCUAAAACCCUAUAUCUGUGAUGUUUGCGGCAAGGCCUUUAGUUAUGGCCACUCGCUAAAGAAACACAAGCUAAUACAUGCCGAAGUGAAGUUAUAUCGUUGCGAAUAUUGUAAUAAAGAUUUUCGCUUGCAACAUCAUAUGAAACAGCAUGAGUUGACCAAAGCUCAUAGAAGAGAAGUACAAUUGGCAGGUGGCACGAUAGACUAUCAAGAAACUUUAACGCCCAACGAAGAAGAGGAAGUAUUUACCAUUAUGGUUGAAGAAGAAGUCACUGAUGAAUGAAUGAUAUUUAUUUAAAUAUUUGUAAUAGUUUUUUUUCAAAUUUGUUUUAGAAUAUUUUACAAAUAUUUUGUUUUAUUUCAAGAAAUCAAUAUUAAAUUUAAAAACUUUUCAUUUAUUUUAAA